UAAUAAUUUACCAACAAUUAAAUAUUAUCAAAAAAUGGCUGAUAAUUUACAUAGUGAAAAUUGUCAUAGUGAUAGUGAAAUUGAAGCAACUCAACCAAUUGUUAAAAAAAGAAAAAUAGUUGAAAGAGUUGAAAGUGAUUCUGAUAGCGACGACAUCGAUGCAGCAAUUAAUGUUUUCAUUGCCGAAUAUAAAGCUGCAAUUGAAAAAGGAACCGAACCCAUUAAAACGGGUUGUUUUUGCAAUGAUCAAGGCUGUACAUUCGCUAUAUCACCCAACAAUGAGGGAGUAUGUUGGGUGGGAAAGUUUCUAUCAGAAACUAACAGAAAGUACUUGGUCCAAAGAAUUGUACGAUGGGACACUGAUAACGAGCGUCAAGAAGUUUUUCGAAAAUUAUGUAAAAAUGCCAACGGAUUCGGUGGACAACUACUCACCAUCUUCGACCAUCCAAAACAGAACUUCGAACACAUUCAUGUCAUCCACGAUUGUAACAAACCCAGAGGAAAAUGUCGAUGCGCAAUUAUCUCUGGAAUCAAUUCUGUACGAUAUCCCCGUUCCAUCGACAAGCAACUCGACCUUAACUCAACCACGUACAUCCACAAUCUCAGAGCUUAUGCGAGUAAGGACGACAGACGGGUUAAAUACAUACGAGUCAAGCGGUCCGACGGGAGAUUAUUACGUGACCAUGCGUAUUAUCCCUGCAAGUGUGGUUACGAACCCGUCGAUCCAGAGCACUCAGUACUGGAAACAUGCGAAACAAGAGCUCAAAUUUUCAGAUGAUUGUUUAUCUUUAUCACCAGAAUUUGUUAAUGUAUCAGCUUAUUUUAAAGUAAGUACAUUAAUUGAAUUUGAUGUACAUUUAAAUAGUUCGGCAACUCAUAGUGGUCCAUUCUAAUCUAAACCCGCACUUGAAGCAAAGCUAAGACCACUCUCCAUUAAAUUACCUAUCAAACGAAACAAAAAAUCAAAAUCGCUUCAUCCGUUUAGGUGCUACAGUGCCACAGAUAGCCAUGCAGACAGACAAAUAGACAGAUAGACAAACAGACACACGUUUUCUAGUUCGGGGGCUAAACAAGUUCAUAUCUUCACGUUUUCUUCUUCUCGAGUGGCAAGUACAUUUUCUUGUCCACAAUCGGAUAAGCGUUAGAAUGCCCGUCCUUCGCGUUAACGGUGAACCCAAAUAUGAUUUAAUGUUACUUAAAAACUUAAAUGCAUUUCUCAUAAACAGAAAGAAUAAACUUUUGCAUCUAUUUUCUUGAUCAAUUCGUGUAAACAACAUAAAAUAUCUACCUAUAAGACGUAUAUACGGAUCUUUUAAUAUAAAAAUAUGAUAUUUUUUAGCUUAGGUAUACAUUUAGAGCAUGAAAUUUUUGUAUCGUGUAUCUUAUACCUUUACCAUAUUCUCAAUAUUACAAUUUUUACGAUAUAUAUAAUACAAAACGUCCCUCCCUUCUUGAUCGAUAUCGCGUGAAGAAAAAAUGAUAUCAACUUUGCUGAGGCGUCGAUCGAAUAAGCGUAUUAAGCGUAUUAAUUUAUAUCGGGUCGGUCGAAUUUUUAUUUUUUUAAAUUUUUAUACCCGGUAUAUAUGU